UUGAUGUUAAAAGGAGGCUGACUAACUGCAAACAAAAUCUACCCACGGGCACAUAUAAAGUAACCUUGAACCUUGAACCAUAUUUCUUCUUCUCGUCAGUCUGAGAGCUGAGUUAAUAAAAGAACGCUCCGCCUCCUUACAUUGAGCGCACUUUCUCAGCAGUGCAGCUGACUUGCAGACAUUUCAGUGGUGCAGUCACAGCGUACACAUGAUGAUGAGCCGUACCUUGAUACCAGCUUUACUCUUCACCUUCAGUUGGAUGUCUGUCUCAGUGUCUGAGUUCCACACUGUGGAGGCUCAGCCUGGUGAGGAAGUCACACUGCUGUGCUCCAACUUCUCCAGUAUCCCCUCUCACGUAGCCUGGUUCAGACUGAACAGCACAUCCAACGUCAGCCCAAUCUCCACCAUGUUCAGCUCUGAUGGAAACGCUACAUUCUUUCAAAACAGUAGAUAUGAUAUGACAUCCAACGGCACUCACCUCUUUCUCAAGAUCAAACAGGUGGAAUUAUGGGACUCUGGACUGUAUUUCUGCGGACUUAACUCAGAUAAAGGUUCUGUUAUCAUCAGUGCUAUAUAUUUAAAUGUUGAAGCGUUCUUUGGAAGAAACAUCCUGAUGGACAUGAUCCUGGGUGUUCUGAUUGCCUUCCUCUCUACAGUCAUCUUUGCUCUGGUUCUCAUUAUCAGAAAAUUCAAGACAACUCAGAGGACAGAGGAGCAGAAUCCACAGAGAAGUGAGAUUGAUGCGUCUCUUGACUUGCACUACGCAGCGCUGACUUUUCAAUCAAAAGCAAAAAGCAGAAAAAGGUCUCCAGCAGAGAAGGAGCAGGAGACCAGUGCCACUGUAUGCUAACACCACAUAGACCAAGGGUUCCCAAAGUGUGGGUCUGGACCCCCUAAGGGGUUGUGAGAUGUCUUCCAGAAUUUUUUUUUUUCUAAUGUUAUCUAAAAUUAUUACACAUUACCCAUUAUAUUAAAUAACAGUAAAAAUAACACUUAAAACA